AUGUACCGGGCCCGGGCGGCGCGGGCGGGGCCGGAGCCCGGCAGCCCGGGGCGCUUUGGGAUCCUCAGCACUGGGCAGCUCCGGGACCUGCUUCAGGAUGAGCCCAAGCUGGACCGGAUCGUGCGGCUCAGCAGGAAGUUCCAGGGCCUGCAGCUGGAGCGCGAGGCAUGCCUGGCCUCCAACUACGCUCUAGCCAAGGAGAACCUGGCACUGCGGCCCCGCCUGGAGAUGGGCCGCGCUGCCCUGGCCAUCAAGUACCAGGAGCUUCGGGAGGUGGCCGAGAGCUGUGCAGACAAGCUGCAGCGACUGGAGGAGAGCAUGCACCGCUGGAGCCCCCACUGCGCGCUGGGCUGGCUGCAGGCUGAGCUGGAGGAAGCUGAGCAGGAGGCUGAGGAGCACAUGGAGCAGCUGCUGCUGGGGGAGCAGAGCCUGGAGGCUUUCCUGCCCGCUUUCCAACGAGGCCGUGCCCUGGCCCACCUGAGGCGGACCCAGGCGGAGAAGCUGCAGGAGCUGCUGCGGCGCCGGGAGCGGUCUGGCCAGCCAGCCCCCACUGCUGCUGCGGAUCCCCCCAAAUCCUUCCCCGCUGCCGCUGUCCUGCCCACUGGGGCCGCCCGUGGGCCACCAGCAGUGCCCCGGAGCCUGCCCCCCUUGGACUCCCGCCCAGUGCCCCCGCUGAAGGGCUCCCCCGGGUGCCCUCUAGGCCCAGCCCCUCUGCUGAGCCCUCGGCCCUCGCAGCCAGAGCCCCCCCACCGGUAGGAUCCAGGGUAUGGCUCCCCACUGGGGGGCCCAGACAAACUUGAUGCGUGGCUCCUCCUCCUCCCCCACCGCCGGGGUGGGGGGAGGGGCAGGCCCCUCCCC